GACGCGCUUGCUUAAGCCAACUGUCAGCUUUGAUGCGACUGCCAUGGCCUUGAGCUUCGUCCCUGCGGCUGGGGAGGGAGCUACCGAAGAAAAUUACAUGCACGGUGAUGACGGGGACAGAUAUACCUAUCACCACUUGCGACGAGACCUUUUCGAUCGCUUGGCUGCAACAGGCCUGCUGAUGAAACCGAGAUAUAUUGUUCCCUCGGUGCAUGUUACCAUUGCGCGGUUUAUUACACAUGAUGGAUUUGUCUUAGAGAAUUCAAGGCUAGAUAAAACCAAGGUUGUAGAUCAGGAGCGAGUCGCAGCACUGGUUGAGAGGGUUGAGCAGAUUAAUGAAAGACUGCGGCAGAAAUAUUGGCCGCAGGUGAAUGGGGCCAUUCCUAUCAAGGGAGAAUGGAUUGUUGGGCAGGGCAAAGGAUUAGAGCUAUGUAAGGGGAGAUCAUGGUAUGGUGGAGGAGAGAAUGUUGUCACUGGGAAAGGAUUCCCAUAAUUAUCUAUAGAAAUGAGAUUAG